GAUCCGCUGGCUGUCGAGGACGCACAGACCAGUUACCGUGUAGCAGAAACAGCAGCCAGAAGUCCUAUGUUGGUUGAAGAAGAUGAAAGAGCAUGAUUUGGGAAAGGACAGCCUGGCCUCUGGCCCUGUUUACAGGGCUGUUCCGACCAGAGAGACUUUACCCAAAACAGUCGUUGACCAUUACCAGCGUUCAAAAGUGCAGGAUGCAUUAGAGACUGCUGCUAGAGCAGAGGGAGGCCUCCCUCUAGAGGAGCGGCAUAUUCCUCGUGGUAAAGAGCUGCAGGAUGAAGGAGGGAGGAGUAAAUACCACCACAGCGUCUGCGUGCUGAAGCCCUUCCGCUCCACCAGCAAGCAUCAGCAUCCGGUGGACAAUGCUGGGCUGUUUUCCUUCUUGACGUUUAACUGGUUGACUCCACUGGCCGUCAGCGCCCAUAAGAAGGGACACCUUUUUCUGGAGGACAUUUGGGCCGUGUCCCAGUGGGAGAGCUGUGAGACAAACCACCGCCGGCUGGCAGGAUUGUGGAAGGAUGAAUACAGGGCUAAUGGGGACCAGGCAUCCCUCCACAAAGCGGUCUGGACGUUUUGUCGCACAAGGCUGCUCCUCUCUAUCCUCUGUCUCAUGAUCACACAACUCGCUGGCUUCAGUGGCCCAGCUUUUGUGGUGAAGCGGCUGUUGGAGUACACGCAGGAGAGUGACUCAGACCUGCCCUACGGCCUCCUGUUGGUGCUGGGCAUGUUGACCACUGAGAUGAUCCGGUCCUGGUCCCUGGCAUUUACCUGGGCGCUAAACUACCGCACCGGCACUCGCCUGAGGGGUGGCAUUCUCACCAUGGCAUUCCACAAGAUUCUGCGUCUCCGUAGCGUCCGCGAGAAAUCCAUGGGAGAGCUCAUUAACAUGUGCUCCAGUGACGGACAGAGAAUGUUUGAGGCUGCAGCCGUGGGCAGUCUACUGGCGGGCGGCCCUCUGAUUGCCAUACUGGGUAUGGCUUAUAACCUCUAUGUACUGGGCCCUACCUCUCUUCUCGGAUCUGCUGUGUUCAUUCUGUUCUACCCCACCAUGAUGUUCAGUUCAAGGCUGACUGCGUACUUCAGGAGGAAGGGCGUGACUGUGACAGACAGACGCGUCCAGAAGAUGAACGAGAUCCUCAACAACAUCAAGUUCAUCAAAAUGUAUGCCUGGGUGAAGGCUUUCUCUCAGGCUGUGCAAAAAAUUCGAGAUGAAGAAAGGCAGAUCCUGGAAAGAACUGGAUACUUCCAGAGUAUCACCGUGGGCGUGGCCCCUAUCGUUGUGGUGAUUGCCAGUGUGGCGACAUUCUCCACUCAUAUGUUGUUAGGUUAUGACCUCACUGCUGCUCAGGCAUUUACAGUUGUGACAGUUUUCAAUGCUAUGACAUUUGCACUUAAAGUUACACCCUUCUCUGUGAAGUCGCUUUCUGAAGCUUCCGUUGCCAUGGAGAGAUUCAAGAGUCUUUUCCUGAUGGAGGAGGUGGAGAUGAUAAGGGAGUGCCCUCGGAAUCCUGACGUUGCCGUGGAGAUGACAGGUGCUUGUCUGGCAUGGGAAACAGCAGGUCACAGCGCCCAGCCCACACCACGCGGGACCCCCUGUGUCGGUAUGGGCCACAGAAAGGGAUACAAGAACCAGAAGGAGAAGAAAGCUGGGAAUCGUGGGAUGUCAGAUGAACGAGGUGGUCGGCUGCUCUUGGAUGGGGGAGGAGACAUGCCCCCCAGCCCUGAAGACGCCACUCUCCGCAUUCCCACCAUCAGCCAGCGACUGCAAAGAACUCUGCACUGCAUCGAUCUCACCAUUCAAAAGGGGAAGCUGGUGGGUAUUUGUGGGAGUGUUGGCAGUGGGAAGACCUCUCUAAUCUCUGCUAUUCUUGGACAAAUGACUCUCUUGGAGGGCACAGUGGCAGUGAACGGGGAUUUUGCCUACGUGGCUCAGCAGGCCUGGAUCCUCAAUGCCUCACUGCGUGACAACAUCCUGUUCGGGAAAGACUUCGAAGAAGAGAGGUACCAGGCAGUUCUGAGUGCUUGCUGUCUGAGACCAGACAUGGCCAUCCUCCCUAACGCUGACCUGACUGAGAUUGGAGAGCGUGGUGCCAACCUGAGUGGCGGGCAGCGGCAGCGGAUCAGCCUGGCACGUGCCCUGUACAGUAACAGAGAAAUCUAUCUUCUGGACGACCCGCUCAGUGCCCUGGAUGCCCACGUCGGCAACCACAUCUUUAACAAUGCCAUCAGGAAACAGCUACGCAGCAAAACCGUCAUCUUUGUCACUCAUCAGCUCCAGUAUCUGGUGGACUGUGACGAGGUGAUCUUUAUGCGAGAAGGCAGUAUCACAGAGCAGGGCACUCAUGAGGAACUGAUGAAUCUGAACGGAGACUACGCUGCCAUGUUCAACGCGCUGCAGCUGGGAGACACUCCGGUCAUCGAGGUACCGCUCAAGUCAUCAGGCAGCUCUCUGAAAAAGCCUCCGGAGACGUCCAAGCCUGGCUCUGUGAAAAAGGAGAAGCCCCCUGCUAAAGACAGUGGUCAGCUGAUGCAGGUUGAGGAACAGGGGCGUGGCUCUGUGCCCUGGUCGGUGUACAGUGUGUACAUCAGGGCUUUGGGCGGAGUGCCAGUCUUCCUCUUCAUCUUGACCCUCUUCAUCCUCAAUGUGGGCAGCACUGCCUUCAGUAACUGGUGGCUGAGUUACUGGAUCAAACAGGGCAGCGGGAAUACUUCAGUGCUGGUGGGUAAUAGCUCUGUGUUGAGUGAGAGCAUGCGUGACAAUCCCAUGAUGCAACACUACGCGGCCAUCUACACACUGUCUAUGGGCGUUAUGCUCCUCCUCAAACUGCUGCGUGGGGUCAUCUUCGUCAAGGGUACACUGCGGGCAUCUUCAAAGCUUCAUGAUGAGCUCUUCCGGAGGAUUCUGCGCAGCCCUAUGAAGUUCUUUGACACCACACCCACCGCUCGCGUCCUUAACAGAUUCUCCAAGGACAUGGAUGAAGUGGAUACGCGUUUGCCGUUCCAGGCGGAGAUGUUUGUGCAGAACGUCAUCCUUGUCUUCUUCUGUCUGGGUGUCAUUGGCAGCGUUUUCCCAUGGUUCUUGGUGGCGGUGGGACCGUUGGUCAUUCUUUUCACCGUACUUCACGUUGUGUCACGCGUCUUUAUUCGAGAGCUCAAGCGUCUGGACAACAUCACACACUCUCCCUUCCUCUCACACAUCACGUCGAGCAUUCAGGGCCUGACCACCGUGCAUGCCUACGGCAAAGGAGACGAGUUCCUCCAAAGGUACCAGGAGCUCCUGGACCAGAACCAGGCUCCGUUUUACCUGUUCAGUUGUGCCAUGCGUUGGCUGGCGGUGCGUCUGGACGUGAUCAGCGUGGCUCUGAUCAGUAUUACGGCAUUAAUGAUAGUCCUGAUGCAUGGCAGCAUCCCGCCUGCCUACGCUGGGCUGGCCAUAUCCUACGCCGUCCAGCUCACAGGGCUUUUCCAGUUUACUGUACGUCUGGCCUCUGAGACCGAGGCCCGAUUCACAGCCGUGGAACGAAUUGACCACUACAUCCAGUCCCUGACUCUGGAGGCUCCAGCGCGCAUUAAGAACAAAGCCCCCCCGCCAGACUGGCCUCAGGAAGGAGAGGUGGUAUUUGACGGGACAGAAAUGAGGUACCGUGAGAACCUACCCCUGGUUCUGAAGAAACUGUCCUGUACCAUACGACCCAAAGAGAAAGUGGGAAUUGUGGGACGUACUGGUUCAGGCAAGUCUUCUCUGGGCGUGGUCCUCUUCCGAUUGGUGGAACCAUGCGGUGGUUCCAUUAAGAUUGACGGCAUUAAUAUCUGUGACAUUGGCCUAGCUGACCUGCGCAGCAAACUGUCAAUCAUUCCACAGGAACCAGUGCUGUUCAGUGGGACUGUCAGGUCUAAUCUGGAUCCUUUUAACCAGUACUCAGAGGAGCAGAUCUGGGACGCGCUGGACAGGACACACAUGAAGGAGUGUGUGUCCUUGUUACCUUUGAAGCUGGAGUCAGAGGUGCUAGAGAAUGGAGAAAAUUUCUCAGUGGGGGAGAGACAGCUACUGUGUGUGGCCAGAGCUCUUCUCAGACAAUGCAAAGUCCUGAUUCUAGACGAGGCCACAGCGGCCAUGGACACAGAGACAGACGCUCUGAUUCAGGAGACCAUCCGAACCUCGUUUAAAGACUGCACCACGCUCACUAUCGCUCACAGAUUGCACACUGUACUCAACUGUGACCGCAUCAUGGUGCUAAACCAGGGACAGGUUGUGGAGUUUGACGAACCCUCCAAACUUCUGGCCAAUGAGAAUUCUCGGUUCUGCGCUAUGCUAGCAGCAGUGGAGAACAAGGUCUCUGUGAGGGGAUAA